GCCUUUCGGAGCUGCCUUAAACCCCGCGAACCAGGAGUAGCGACUCAGGCGGCGGCUGCCAAUAGAAAAGCCGCUCGCCGCGGUCUGGAACUGGGCGAGAGGGAGGUGGGAGGGAGGUUGGGUGUGUGUGUGUGUGGAAAGGAGAGGAGGCGCCCUCCCCAAAGCAUCUUGUGGCAAUGAGCGCUUAAACGGCAACGGCGAACGGGGCUUUUCUCCUCAUUCUCUUCUCCUUCCCGGCACCGUCCGGCGACAGCUGAUAGAGGAACGGUUCUUUAUAUGCAACUGUUUUGAAGAUGUGGCCUUGAUAUAAAGAGUUCAGGAGGUGUAAACGUCAUGGGCUAUCCCAUGGACGAGGUUCAUUAUUCCGGAUGUCUGUUAGGUGAGCUUCUUGCAUUCGACUUCGUGAAAAGACUGAAGCAAGGGGCGUGGCCAGACCAACGGAAAUAAAUUUGAACACCCAGUCUAUCAAGAUAAGAACAAGUGAAUACCCAUGUGGAUUAUCAUCGCAGCGAGCUGAAAAGGGACGUUCAGGUUGCCAGAAGCUGGGACAAAUAACGGGAGCUCACUCUGUUACGCGGCGCUAAGGAUUCAAACCGCUGAACUGCCAACCUUCUGAUCGACAAGCUCAGCAUCUUAGCCACUGGACAAACUAAUAUCUGUGGAUUAAGGGGUGGUACGCAGAAUGGCAAAACCAUAUGAAUUUAACUGGCAGAAGCCAGUGCCUUCCUUUCUACAGGAUGGAGCUAUUUUUGACAGAUACGAAGAGGAAUCUUCUGUUUUUGAGCCAGGCUGCCUCUUUAAAGUUGAUGAAUUUGGCUUUUUUCUAUCAUGGAAAAGUGAAGGAAAGGAAGGCCAAGUUUUAGAAUGUUCCCUGAUCAACAGUAUUCGCUUUGGAGCGGUACCAAAGGAUCCAAAAAUAUUAGCUGCUCUUGAAGCUGUCAGUAAAGCAGAAAAUGAACUUGAAGGACGGAUAGUUUGUGUCUGUAGUGGCACUGAUCUGGUGAACAUCAACUUUACAUACAUGGUAGCAGAAAGCACUGAAGACGCUAAGCAAUGGAUUGAUGGACUCAGAUCAAUUAUAGGUAACUUCAGAGCCAACAAUGUCUGUCCCAUGACAUGCCUCAAGAAACACUGGAUGAAAUUGGCAUUUCUGACUAACACUAAUGGCAAAAUUCCAGUUAGAAGCAUUACCAGAACGUUUGCGUCAGGUAAAACUGAAAAAGUGAUAUUUCAGGCACUUAAAGAAUUGGGUCUUCCCAGUGGAAAGAAUGAUGAAAUAGAGCCUUCAGCUUUUACUUUUGAGAAGUUUUAUGAACUAACCCAGAAGAUAUGUCCUCGUACUGAUAUAGAGGAGCUUUUUAGAAAAAUCAAUGGAGACAAAACAGAUUAUUUAACGGUAGACCAAUUAGUGAGCUUUCUAAAUGAACAUCAACGAGAUCCUCGGCUGAAUGAAAUUUUAUUUCCAUUCUUUGAUCCUAAAAGAGCGAUGCAGAUAAUUGAAAUAUAUGAACCAGAUGAAGAUUUGAAAAAGAAAGGUGUCAUGUCAAGUGAUGGGUUUUGCCGGUACUUAAUGUCUGAUGAGAAUGCUCCUGUCUUCCUUGACCGUUUAGAGCUCUAUCAAGAGAUGGAACAACCUCUGGCUCACUAUUUUAUUAGCUCUUCCCACAACACAUAUCUCACAGGAAGGCAGUUUGGUGGAAAAUCAUCAGUGGAGAUGUACAGACAAGUCCUCUUGGCUGGAUGCAGGUGUAUCGAACUUGACUGCUGGGAUGGAAAAGGGGAAGACCAAGAACCAAUAAUAACACAUGGAAAGGCCAUGUGUACAGAUAUUCUGUUCAAAGAUGUGAUUCAAGCCAUUAAGGAAACAGCCUUUGUAACAUCUGAGUAUCCUGUCAUCUUGUCCUUUGAAAAUCACUGCAGCAAAUAUCAACAAUACAAAAUGUCAAAAUACUGUGAAGAUAUUUUUGGAGAUCUUCUCUUAAAGCAGCCACUAGAAACACAUCCACUUGAACCAGGAAAGUCCUUGCCCGCCCCAAAUGAUCUGAGAAAAAAGAUUCUUAUUAAAAACAAAAGGUUGAAACCAGAAGUGGAAAAAAAACAGCUUGAAACUUUGAAAAGUAUGAUGGAAGCUGGUGAAACGGCUGCUCCUGUCAGCAUCUUGGAAGAUGAUAAUGAAGAGGAGAUAGAAAGUGGGGAGCAAGAAGAGGAAGCACAUCCAGAGUAUAAAUUUGGAAGUGAGCUUUCUGCAGAUGACCUGAGCCAAAAAGAAUCUGUAGCUAAUCACAUUAAAAAGGCUGUGGACGAUUCUGAACAAGAAAACAAUAAAAAGGGCGUGAUAACGGCAGAUGAUGAACAAGCAUGGAUGGCUUCUUAUAAAUAUGUAGGUGCCACAACUAAUAUACACCCGUACUUAUCAACAUUGAUCAACUACGCUCAGCCUGUUAAAUUUCAAGGUUUCAGUGUAGCAGAAGAACGCAACAUUCACUACAACAUGUCCUCUUUUAAUGAGUCUGUCGGGUUGGGUUAUUUAAAGACCCAUGCAAUUGAAUUUGUGAACUACAAUAAACGGCAAAUGAGUCGGAUAUACCCAAAGGGAGGCAGAGUGGAUUCCAGCAAUUACAUGCCUCAAAUUUUCUGGAACGCUGGAUGCCAGAUGGUCUCCCUUAACUAUCAGACCCCAGAUCUAGCAAUGCAGUUGAAUCAGGGGAAAUUUGAGUAUAACGGGUCUUGUGGUUAUCUUCUUAAACCAGAUUUCAUGCGGCGGCCUGAUCGGACAUUUGACCCUUUUUCUGAGACUCCUGUGGAUGGUGUUAUUGCAGCAACUUGUUCUGUGCAGGUCAUAUCUGGUCAGUUUUUAUCAGACAAAAAAAUUGGCACUUACGUAGAGGUGGAUAUGUAUGGCCUUCCCACUGACACGAUACGUAAGGAAUUCCGAACACGGAUGGUGAUGAACAAUGGCUUAAAUCCUGUUUACAACGAAGAAUGCUUUGUGUUCCGAAAGGUGAUUCUACCAGAUCUUGCAGUCUUGAGGAUAGCAGUUUAUGACGACAAUAAUAAGUUGAUUGGUCAAAGGAUAUUGCCGCUGGAUGGGCUUCAGGCAGGCUAUCGACACAUUUCCCUUCGAAAUGAAGGCAACAAGCCAUUGUCUCUGCCAACGGUUUUCUGCAACAUUGUACUUAAAACUUAUGUGCCUGAUGGUUUUGGAGAUAUUGUGGAUGCCUUGUCAGAUCCAAAGAAAUUUUUAUCUGUCAUGGAGAAAAGAGCAGACCAGAUGAGAGCUAUGGGAAUUGAAACGAGUGACAUAGCUGAUGUUCCAAAUGACACGUCAAAGAACGAUAAGAAGGGGAAAAUUAAUAAUGCUAAAGCAAAUGUUACUCCUCAAACUAGCUCUGAAGUCAGAUCAAAUCCCAUUUCCAAUACAGGACCUGGUACCGAAAUUAAGAAAGGUAUAGACCUUAUUCCUCAAAUCAAGAUAGAAGAUUUAAAACAGAUGAAGGCAUAUAUAAAACAUUUGAAAAAACAGCAGAAAGAGCUGACUGCUUUGAAGAAGAGGCAUGCCAAGGAGCACAGUGUCAUGCAGAAAUUACACUGCACACAAGUUGACAAAAUGGUAGCCCAGUAUGACAAAGAGAAGCUAUCUUAUGAGAAACUCCUUGAGAAGGCGAUCAAGAAAAAAGGAGGAAAUAAUUGUCUUGAGAUGAAAAAAGAAACAGAAAGUAAAGUUCAAAUGUUAACAUCUGAUCAUAAAUCAAAGGUGAAGGAAAUUGUGGCACAGCACACCAAAGAAUGGUCUGAGAUGAUCAACACCCACAGUGCAGAAGAGCAAGAAAUGCGUGAUCUGCACCUCAGCCAGCAGUGUGAACUACUGAAAAAGCUGUUAAUUAAUGUGCAUGAACAACAGACACAACAACUGAAGCUUUCCCAUGACAGAGAAAGUAAAGAAAUGCGUGCCAACCAAGCAAAAAUUUCAAUGGAAAACAGUAAAGCCAUAAGCCAAGAUAAAUCUAUCAAAAACAAAGCUGAAAGAGAAAGGCGUGUGAGGGAGCUGAAUAGCAGUAACACAAAGAAGUUUCUGGAAGAAAGAAAACGGUUGGCAAUGAAGCAAUCAAAGGAAAUGGAUCAGUUGAAGAAAGUCCAACUUGAGCAUCUAGAAAUUUUGGAGAAACAAAAUGAGCAGCUUUUGAAAUCCUGCCAUGCUGUCUCUCAAAUUCAAGGCCAAGGAGAUGCAGCAGAUGGUGAAGCUAGAGGCAGAGAUGGACCGCAGGCCUGCAACAGUGGUAUAAAGCUCCAGUGCACAAACUGAAAUCUGAGGCCAUCUGAUUUUUUUUUCCUUUGGGGUCUUUGCAAUGAUAAUUCACUGAAGAUUGGAAGAUGGGAUCUCUUCUGCUUAGUGUCAGGUAGCAAAUCUUGGCCGAGGAGGAUGGAUUUUGGGGGUGGGGGG